AUGGAUUUGUACUAUGAGAUUGAUUCACCGUCAUGUUUGAGUGUAAUCGUAACCGCUGCAGCACUCAACAUCAAUUUAAAUUUGAAAAAAAUGAGUCUUAUGGUUGAAAAGAAUCAUUUGACACCGGAAUAUACCAAACUCAAUCCGCAACAAACAAUACCUACAUUGGUUGAUAAUGGAUUUGCAUUAGCAGAGUCGCGAGCUAUCAAUAUUUAUCUUGCUGAGAAGUACGGGAAAGACGAUUCGCUGUACCCGAAAGAUCAUAAGAUUAGAUCGGUGAUUAAUCAGAGAUUGUUCUUUGAUAUGGGAUCACUGGAAACUCAUUUGUUAAAUUACUUUUUGCAUUGGUUUUAUGGAAAACCACAAGAUUCACAGGACUUGAAGAAAUUUGAGAAAGCGCUUGUCGCGUUAAACACGUUUUUGGAAGAAAAUAAUUAUGUGUUGCUGGAACUAAAACUUUUACCAUUGCUGACAUUUCAAUGUACACAACACUUUUGGCACUUCCUAACAUGA